GGGCACGGCGGGCGGGGGCCGGGUCCUGGGAGCCUGGCGGGCGGCGAACGCAGCCAUCGCGCUGCGGCCGCCAAGACUGAGUGCCCGGGAUGAGCUUCACCCGGAAAAGGGGCUUCUACAAGCAGGACGUCAACAAGACCGCCUGGGAGCUGCCCAAGACCUACGUGUCCCUGACGCACGUAGGCAGCGGGGCCUACGGCGCCGUGUGCUCAGCCAUCGACAAGCGGUCAGGGGAGAAGGUGGCCAUCAAGAAGCUGAGCCGGCCCUUCCAGUCUGAGAUCUUUGCCAAGCGGGCCUAUCGCGAGCUGCUGCUGCUGAAACACAUGCAGCAUGAGAACGUCAUCGGACUCCUGGAUGUCUUCACUUCAGCCUCUUCCCUGCGCAACUUCCAUGACUUCUACCUGGUGAUGCCCUUCAUGCAGACGGACCUGCAGAAGAUCAUGGGGAUGGAGUUCGGUGAGGACAAGAUCCAGUACCUGGUGUAUCAGAUGCUCAAAGGUCUUAAGUACAUCCACUCAGCUGGGGUCGUCCACAGGGACCUGAAGCCGGGCAACCUCGCUGUGAAUGAGGACUGUGAGCUGAAGAUCUUGGAUUUUGGGUUGGCCCGGCAUGCAAAUGCAGAGAUGACUGGCUAUGUGGUGACCCGCUGGUACCGGGCCCCUGAGGUGAUCCUCAGCUGGAUGCACUACAACCAGACUGUGGACAUUUGGUCCGUGGGCUGUAUCAUGGCAGAGAUGCUGACUGGGAAAACUCUGUUCAAGGGGAAAGAUUACCUGGACCAGCUGACCCAGAUCCUGAAGGUGACCGGGGUGCCAGGUGCCGAGUUUGUGCAGAAGCUGAAUGACAAAGCGGCCAAAUCGUACAUCCAGUCCCUGCCACAAAGCCCCAAGAAGGAUUUCUCGCAGCUCUUCCCACAUGCCAGCCCGCAGGCCACAGACCUGCUGGAGAAGAUGCUGGAGCUGGACGUGGAUAAGCGCCUGACCGCCUCUCAGGCCCUCACCCACCCGUUCUUUGAGUCCUGCCGGGACCCUGAGGAGGAGACGGAGGCCCAGCAACCAUUCGAUGAUUUCUUGGAACAUGAGAAACUCACGGUGGAGGAAUGGAAGCAACACAUCUACAAGGAGAUUGUGAACUUCAGCCCCAUCGCCCGGAAGGACUCUCGGCGCCGGAGUGGCAUGAGGCUUCAGUGACCCGUCUAGCCUGACCGUAGGCUGAGCCCAGGAACGGCCGCAUGGUACCACCUGCCAGGCACUACCCCUGGGACCAAUGUUUAUUUAUCACUGCUAAAGUUUCAACCCGUCUCGGAUUAUAGCCUUUCAAGCAGAGGACAGAGGACCUUUGUCCUUGUGUAGGAAACAGGCCUAGUAGAGGCAGAAUUCAGAGGUGUCAGUUGGGAGAAAAUAGCUAUGAUCGUAACUGGCCGUAUUAAAGCACCCAUCUGGAGAAUCGCCUGUGUGUGGGGUCCUUACCUUCAUGGCUGUAGUGGGGCUGAACCGGGCCAGGAGUCUAUGGCAGUGAUGGUGUAUUAGUUUGCUAGGGCUGCCGUAACAAAUUAUCACAAACUGGGUGGCUUAAAAUGACAGAUAUUUAUUCUCACCGUUCUGGAGGCUGGAAGUCUGAAAUCAAGGUGUUGGCAGGGGCAUGUUCCCCCUGAAGAUUCUAGGGAAGAAUCGCUCCUGGCCUCUGUUCAGCUUCUGGUGCCUCCUGGAAUCUUUGGUGUUCUUUGGUUUAUAGCUGCAGCACCCCUACCCCUGCCUCUGUCUUCACGUGGCCUUCUCUGCUCCGUGUAUCUCUGUCUCUGGCUGGUCUUAUAGGAACAUCAGUCACUGAAUUUAGGACCCACCCUAAUCCAGUAUGAUCUCAUCUUAAUCCUUAGUAAUUACGUCUGCAAAUAUCUCAUUUUUAAAUAAAGUCACAUUCUGAG